AUGCUCUCCUCGUGCUGUCUACUCCUCGCGGCGCUCUCUGCUUCAGUGACCUGCACAGCUAACGGGACGUGGAAGGAUAUUUCCGAUUGGGAGCAUUCGAAGGACCAAGAUGUGGAGAUAACGGAACCCAAACGGCUCCUGAACCAAAUCGAUUCAGAUGAGGAGUUAGCGCACGAGCGAUUGGACACGCGUGUGAACGAGCUCGUGGCACCACAGGAGUCUCUGCAUCUGCAUCAGACGUCCUUCAGCAUCACGGCCUUCAGUACGACUUUCAUUCUGGACCUGCAGCUCAACCAGUGA